AAUAAAAGGAAAAAAAGGAAAAUCGAGGGUUGCCUGUAUAAAUUAUAGAUUAGGGGGAGUGGAAGAACAUGUUGGCGUCGAUGGAGAUUUGUGAGAGAAUGGUGAGAGAAACGAAACGCAGAAGAAAAGGAAGAAGAGAGUGGAAGACUGAGAUCCCCAAUGAUGUCAUGGAAGAAAUCAUGAUGAGGCUUCCUGUGAGAUCGAUUGUGAGGUUUCAAGCUGUUUCAAAGCAUUGGGAAUCGGUGAUUAAGACGAGAGAUUUUGGGACAAGACACAUGGCUCAUCAGAGAAGCAGCAAGGAUCCUAAACUCAUGUUUGUCUUUUUUGGUCUACAUCAUAUCGAGUUUGAGCAAAGGGACUUGGAGACCACUUCUCUUGAAGAGAGCCUCUAUCUUGCAAUUGGAGAGAUUAACGGUCCUAUCGAGAUCUCCGAAGGCUGCGAUGGCCUUGUCUGCAUCUACUGCUUGACUCAAUCAGUGAGAGUGGUAAAUAUGGCCACAGAAAAGGCGUUGUUACCACUCCCCUUGGCGAAAUUUCAGCAGCUCCAUAAAAAAUAUCCAGAUCCGGAUCUGGAGCGGGAGCUAAUAGCUGAAGAUGAUGUUCGUCCUCCGCGUCUUCCAUUCAUAUCAUUUACUAUGUUCGGAUUUGGGAAAGACAACGUCACAGGACGAUAUAAGAUAGUGUGGCUCUAUAAUAUAUAUCCUACUACCUUGAACAAGAAGAAGAAGACCAGAUGCGAGGUUUUCGAUUUUGAGGAAUGGAGAUGGAGAUUCGUGACUACCAGACCUCUUGAUCAUCACCAAAUCUUGUCUAAUCAGAGGCCACCGUGUGCAAACGGAUCGUUGUACUGGCUCACGGGAGACCAACGAGGAGAUCCAUCAACACAAACCAAGCUCAUAGUUUUCGAUAUUCAUACAGACAUGUUUCAAGUCACCUCAACACCACCUUUUAUUUCCACUAAUGCCUAUAGUGACAAAAUUGGUUUAUGCAAUCUUGACGGUCGUCUGUGCAUUUCUGAACUCAAGGGCGAUUGUAAGCAAGAGUUUUGGUGGAGGGUUGAAGAAUGCGACAAGUGGGAGAGAAUCUUUUCUGUUGACUUGAAUUCUACUUCCUGUUGGUUUGGUGGUAUCACUUCACAGCCUCUCACACCUUUGGCCAUUUCAAGGGUUGAGAACAAGGUCGUUCUCUCGCUUACCCAUCAAAAGAACCUUGUUGACUUUGAUCUUGAUCCUGACUCAACUGUUUAUCAUUUGUAUUAUUCUGGUGACUACGGCUUAGCUGUUCCUUAUUUUCCAAGUUUAUCACCUGUUCCUUCAUGCAACUCUCUAGCUCUCUCUUUUUCUUCUUUCUGAAACUAUUUGUCUUCUUCAGUAACAUUAAAAUGUGUUAUUAUGUUCAAAUCACUUCUUAUUUAUGUUAUGAUGACCUAGUUUUUUUAUCAUCAAGUUAUGCGCUGAGCACUUCUUAUUUUCUUUGCCACGGACACUUUAUAUACCACAUUAUUUCUCACAAGCUUUAUAGUUCUGUUCUACUUUUGGAUUUAAACUCCAGUUUAACAUUUUUGUUUUGUCUCAAGCUCAGAACCACACAAGUGGAUGAAGAGAAAGAAGUCAAUAGCAUUUGUGUGUUUAUUUUUUGAUCAAUAGCUGAUACUAAUUCAUCUCUCUUUCUUUUGGCUUUACCUCUGGCUCUCAAAGCAUCUCUUGCUAAGGUUUCUGUAGAAACGCUAAAGAAAGGUACACAACACCUCUUAAUAAAAAUAAACCAAUAGUUUGGCUCAAGGCCCUCUCUCUUCAUUUCCAAUAGCCUUUUCCACUGUUAUACUCUUUGCUCCGGAGGUAAGCAUCAAUGACUGAACUGAACUAUAA